UUAAUUUAUUAUACCAGACUGAGAGUAAUCAUUUAAAUAUCAAACUGUUUAGGUCGAAUAAUUAAUAACCACUUGAGUAACGAUGUUUCCAGGACAAAACACAACCAAUUUCAAGCCUAAAGACGGAUAUGACAUGCCAGUGCUCGGCCUGGACAAUGGUAGCUUUUAUCACAUCCAUAUACCAGCAAUGUCGUGCAUCAUCGUCAGCUUGAUCUGUUCUGUUACGUCAAUACUAUUGUCUUUCAGAAGGCGAACAUUUCGGAAUUUCUUCUCCAAAUGGUCAAAGAGUGAACGAUUUGUGGUCUACUUGGCUUUCUUGGAUGGAUAUUUCAACGUGUUUCAUUUCACGGACCAUUUGAAUGUGGUUGUAACCAGAGACCAUGUUCGCCCAAAAGGUCUGUGCGUUUUCUAUGGAUAUUUUACUGCCGUGUUCGUAGCGGCAGAAAUUCUCAUGGUCAACGUCGUAGCUAUUAAUGUGUUUAUGCUCUUGUAUUGCAAGAGGAAAUUAUACUUUGGGAAACGAGACUGGAAACUAUUGGCCUGGAUAUUUUUUUUGCCCGUUGUUGGCUCAAGUAUAGCUGCUGCCUUCGAUCAAUUUGGGCCGACAGGGGCAACCUGUUUCAUGGACAGCGUAAAAGGAACUCUCGCCACGAUAUGUUUUACCACUGUACCAUUAACCAUUGUUCUAGUGAUGAACAUGGUAUUGUACAUUCUUUCGUGGAAGCGCAUCCACGAUCAGUGUAGAGAGGUCAGCCUCACCUUGGGAACAAUGUCAGCCGCAAUGCAGGGGUCCCACCGCGCCGCCCGCGCCAUGUCCAUGUUCGUGACGGCCUUCUUCAUUCAAUGGUGGGCGGUCGCUUUCUAUGGCGUCUGGGGACUCGCAAGUCGUCAAAUACCCCAGGCACUCUUUCAUGUGUUGACAAUAUUCACAAACCUAGGUGGUAUUCUCAACCUGAUUGUCUUUGCUGUAAUAACGCGAUCGACUUCUUCACGUGAGCACCUUCAAAACCACGGCGGACUGUGACAUCAAUGUAUGAGUUAGUUCACUUUCGCGAACGCACUCGCCUGGAUUUAUUAUAAAAAGUGGUAUUUUGUUUUCAUUGCGCAUUAAGUAGUUUAUGGUGACGUGAAUUAUGACAUAUUCCUUACUUGAGCAUUGGUGUUCGCUUCUAAUUACGGGGACUGUUCCAUACAUGUUUCGUUUUAUAAAGGACAUAAUACAAAUACAAAAACUGCGUGUAUACAUAGGAUAAAAAAGCAAUUAAUUAUUCCAUUUUAUUUGGAUUGUAAUCGAUUAUAUUUGUGUUAUCGAUUCAAAUUGUCAAAUAGUUAACACUGUUUAUACAUUUACUAAUGGCAGAUAAAUUAUAUAACGAGACAGGAUAACAUUACACAUCUUGAGAACCCCUGAUUUUGUGUUAAAGACAAUUAUUUGUUCAUUUUUCAUUAGGUAGAUAUUUCGCUGGGUUGUGUUUACGCAUGAAGUCAAGUCCGAGCAGCAUAUCAUCCUGAAUUGGUGCAACAUUCACGUUUUCCUCAAACUCAGACUCUCCAAGCUUUAUCGCAAGAGAUCCACAAACAAAUCCACUCAUAGACAUAGCACUGCCUGCAGCAUUAAGCCUUGAUUUCUUGAUUACUCUUGGCGGUUUCGGUAAUCUAUGGUAUAUCCUGUCUGAGAUAAUAGUCACCUUUGCUGCAGUAUCAAUCACUGCGUUUGUCUCAAUAUUUUGCAACUUUAGCGGGAUCCUAAACAUUGAAUUUAGUGACAAUUUUAGAACCGAAACUUUAUCAUUUUCUUCUUCAUGCCUUUCUUCUGAUCUAACAGAUUCAGCUCGGUUGUCAUCUGUUACCAUAUGCUUUGCUGAACCAUUACUCUCGUCUCUGUAGAUGAGCCUUGCUGUGCGUAUCCCUGUCGUAUUUCAAUCGAGUCAGUGUGCUCUGACCAGUUUGGCUAUGUGGCUCCUUUUUCACUGCAUAUACGGACCAGCCUUGGCUACUUUCGUGAACAGUUGUCUGUCGAACAUCGCGUUUGGCACGGCCAUGAACAGCGGUGUGAGUGUACACUGCCCACUUCACUUUAUCCACUGCUGCCUCCAUUGUAGAUGGGCGCGCAUUCGCUGCCACUUCAACGGCUUCCUUGUUAAUGCAACCAUGACAACAACGUACAAUUGCCUGGCUAUACAUAUAAUCUUCUGGAAGAUCAAGGUCCUCCUCGACAUCUUGUCCAGCAGUGUUGAAGGCAAUUGUAGCCGUUUCAGGGAGAUCUUGAUAUCCAAAACCUUUCUCAAAUCGCUUGAUCAUGUCGAAGUACUCCAUGUCGUCAUACUUCUCUACUCGUGUGUAGUGCCUUCUUUUACCAGAGCGCAUUGGGCUUAAUUGCCAAGUAAUUUGUAGUAAUUUGGGACCCAUUGCAGCACGACCGUGUGGUCUAUGCAUAGUAAGGACAAGGCAGUUGACCGGUCGUUCAGUUCUUUGUCGCUGGCAGUGUCUUGCGCCAGCAAGCCUGACUUGGAGUCGCUGAAAAACAUAACAUUGUUGGAGGACAGUGGGAUGUGUUCAAUUUGGAUUGCACCUGUUUUGAGCACUACUGCUCCGGCCUUGAAGUUGGUGGAGUAGAAGCCGGCAGCGAAGGAGACGUGCUGUGCUCUACCUCAUUGGUACCUGAUUAGAUUCCGGCUCCACUAUUUCUGACAGCCUGGUUAGCAGCCCCGUCAGUAAAGACAUGAGUCCAUGUGUGUUGAGGGUAGCAGUUGUGGAUGUGUUCAAUGGAAAUGGACUUUUAUACUGAAACAAGGAUAAGGCCAGCAAGUAGAACCUUUUAGUACAACCGGAAAACAACACAAAGUCCUCUAUGCGCUUUAUUUUCCACAAUGACAUACGAUGAUGUAAGAUGGUAUACAUGCGGUAAAUACUGUAAAUAGACAAAGAAACUAAAUACGCUACUUAACAAACAGUCAUUGACCGAGGAGCUUUCUAAUUUAACAAUUUAACAUCGACAUAUAAACACAUAAUGACUUCAAAAGUACAAAUACUGCAGUUGCAUUCAGGAACUAGAUUAUUAAAGAUUCAGAAAAACUAUUUAAAAAAAUAGUUAUAUAAAUGAAAAAUUAAAGUUCUAUAGGUUAAAAUACGAAAUGAGCACUAGAACGAACAAAUUUAAGUACGAAUCCAAAAAUCUAUGAACACCAAAAUGGGGAGAGUGACACAAGAAAGAAUCGCUGCUAAAGUAACGAUUACAUCAAGAAAUAAUUAACUUGCUUCAGUGACUUACACCAUGCAACCUCCAUAACGCUGCAUUUAUAUGAAAUUGAUAAAACAAACUUUAGUUCAACUUGUAGCCAGGACAACACAUUUUAUAAAAUUUAAAAAAAAACUGUGAUACUUGAACAUAUUCUUAAAACGGACACUUUAACAAAAUAAAAACUCUUUAUUUGAUUAACAAAUGUUGCCAAAUAAGGAAGAUAUUGAUAUUUCAAAAAUCGGAAACUA